UAUUUGGCAGACCCAAAGUAGGAGUACACUGAAUUUGAUGACGUAUUACACAUUAGUAAAGAAGAAUGGCCGAAUAUCUCGCAUCGAUUUUUGGAACAGAGAAAGACAAAGUAAAUUGCUCCUUUUACUUCAAAAUCGGUGCAUGUCGUCAUGGUGAAAGAUGUUCAAGACUUCAUAACAAACCUACAUUUAGUCAGACUGUGUUAUUACAGAACUUGUACCUAAACCCACAGAAUGCAGCACUCACUGCUGAUGGAUCUCACAUAACUAUGGAUGAGGUAGAAGCACAACAAGCUUUUGAUGACUUCUUCGAGGAAGUCUUUACCGAACUUGAGGACAAGUAUGGUGAGAUAGAAGAAAUGAAUGUAUGUGACAACAUGGGUGACCAUCUCGUGGGAAAUGUAUAUGUUAAGUUCCGUUACGAAGAAGAUGCAGAGAAAGCUGUUAAUGAUUUAAACAAUCGUUGGUUCAAUGGACGACCAAUUCACUCAGAAUUGUCUCCAGUUACAGACUUCAGAGAAGCUUGCUGUAGGCAGUAUGAGAUGGGCGAAUGUACAAGAGGGGGCUUCUGCAACUUCAUGCAUUUGAAACCAAUCUCCAGAGAAUUGAGGAGGGAACUGUAUGGGAGAUCUCGUCGAUCAAAGAGAAGGUCAAGGUCACCUCCCACAAGACGCAGUCGUUCUCGCAGUCGUGAGAGGAAGAGGAGAUCUGGUAGUCGUGAAAGGAGGAGGUCAAGGUCACGUGACAGGCGUGGUAGAUUCUGAAGAAAUGCAUCCAUUUUUGUCACCUUUCCAGUGUUUCAUUUAUAACAGAAUCAUUUUGUACAAAAAAGACAUCGAUAAAUUUAUCUGUGCAGUUAUACAUUGAGUUGCAAAAGACUGAUAGUAUUGGUCAAGAGGUACUACAAAUGAUAUAGAUAUGAACUUUCAGUACUGCUUUAUUCUGAUUAGCUGUGUAUAUAUAAGUUCCUUUUAUUUCUCUUACACAAGAUCCAGACAAAUAAUUAUUCAGUUUUUUUCUUUAUCAUCAGUACAGAAUUUCUACCAAAAUACUAUUGAAAGGUCAAUAAACCAAUCAGAAAAGUUUUUAUAAAUGAUACAGAUUUUUGUGGGUCUGAAUAUUAUUGCUUUCAUCAGCCUGUUUUGAUGUAUUGUUAAAACAGAAAAAUUGUAAAUAAAGACCAAAUAUGAAUA